CAUUUGAGGUGAGCACUUUUAACACAGGACUAGACUUGAAAUGCAGACAGGAUUAUUUCUUUUUAUACUGGUCCAAUUCCUCUAUCUCCCUAUUAAUGGUCAUGGUUGGGAAACAUUUAGUACCAAUACAGACUUGAAGGCGGUGAUGGAGAAAUUAGAGGAACUCCAGACGACUGUACACAAAGUGAUCGCAUUUCUCAGUUAGAGAAUCAGAACAGAAACUUGGAAAAACGUAUUGCUACCGAUCUCCGCAGUAGAGAGAGCAAACAAGAUAAACGGAUUUCCAUUCUAGAGAAGCAGUACUCGCGUUUAGAAGAACGCUUGAAAAAACACUCCAAGGACAUUUUUUAUGUGAAAACGCUUGAGAAGACCACUAUGAAAAAGAUUUCCGGUUUACUGAGUAGACAAAACGUCCAAGAAAAACUCUUCAGAAAUCUGAAGGAUCGACUUCAAAAUUUGAUGAACUCCCAAGAAGAAAAGUCCUUUUUUGCUAAUGCCCUCACGCAACACAAAGAAAGUUUGAUAAGAAAAGAGCGAUUGCAUGAUCCUGUGACAACUACUGCGUCACUCAACAACAUUGUUGCGUUCUAUGCGUAUUUAUCACAGGAUGUUCCAUCUCCAAGCGCGCACUACAUCCUUGCAUUUGAUAACGUAAUCACGAACGCUGGAAAUGCCUAUCAUUCCCAUACGGGUACCUUCAUAGCGCCACGGUCUGGUCUAUACGUGUUUACGUGGACUAUCAGAAUGUAUGGAGAUUCAUAUCACUCAACAGAAUUGUUGAUCAAUAACAAUUUUGUUGGGUCGACAUAUCUAAACUCAGCUAAUACUAUCAGUGGCAGUGUUACCGGUAUUGUGGUGGUGCAUGUUAACCAGGGAGAUGAUGUUUUUCUUAGAACGGGUGGAGAAUACAACAAUGGUAACAUUUACAGUGACAAUCUUGGAAAAUCAUCUCUUGCAGGAUGGGCUUUGGCAUAAA